UACAGGUGGGGCGUGGCCUCAGCGGGAGUGGCCGGGGUUCAGGUGAGCAAGCUGGCUGCUCUGACCACAGAAUUGCUUCCACAGCGAGGUCCUUCUGAGCUUGGCUUUCCUUUUCCCUUGCCGUGUGUUUUCCAGGAUAACUGCAACUCCAGGCCCACGAUGGAUGCCCUGCAACUGGCAAACUCUGCUUUUGCAGUUGACCUGUUCAAAAAACUCUGUGAAAAGGAGCCAGCAGGCAAUGUCCUCUUCUCUCCCAUCUGUCUCUCCACCUCCCUGUCACUUGUUCAAGUAGGAGCCAAAGGUGACACAGCCAAUGAAAUUGGACAGGUCCUUCAUUUUGAAAACGUCAAAGAUGUGCCCUUUGGAUUUCAAACAGUAACGUCAGAUGUAAACAAACUUAGUUCCUUCUAUUCACUGAAACUAAUCAAACGGCUCUAUGUGGACAAAUCUCUGAAUCCAUCUACAGAGUUCAUCAGCUGUACGAAGAGACCCUAUGCGAAGGAGAUGGAAACUGUUGACUUCAAAGAUAAAUUGGAAGAAACGAAAGGUCAGAUCAACAACUCAAUUAAGGAUCUCACAGAUGGCCACUUUGAGGACAUUUUAUCCAACAACAACGUAAAUGAUCAGACCAAAAUCCUCGUGGUUAAUGCCGCCUACUUCAUUGGAAAGUGGAUGAAGAAAUUUCCUGAAUCAGAAACCAAAGAAUGUCCUUUCCGAGUCAACAAGACGGACACCAAGCCAGUGCAAAUGAUGAAUCUGGAAGCCAUGUUCUGCAUGGGCAACAUUGACAGUAUCAAUUGUAAGGUCAUAGAGCUCCCCUUUCAAAACAAGCACCUCAGCAUGCUCAUCCUGCUGCCCAAGGACGUGGAGGAUGAGUCCACGGGUCUGGAGAAGGUUGAAAAACAACUCAACUCAGAGACGCUCUUACAGUGGACCAAUCCCAGCACCAUGGCCAAUACCAAAGUCAAACUAUCCAUUCCAAAAUUUAAGGUGGAAAAGAUGAUUGAUCCCAAGGCUAGUCUGGAAAACCUAGGGCUGAAAAGUACCUUUGAUGAGAGUACAUCUGAUUUCUCUGGAAUGUCAGAGACCAAGGGAGUGGCGCUCUCCAAGGUUAUUCACAGAGUGUGCUUAGAGAUAAGCGAAGAUGGUGGGGAUUCCAUAGAGGUGCCGGGAUCAAGAAUCCUGCAACACAAAGAUGAAUUCAGGGCCGACCACCCAUUUAUUUACAUUGUCAGGCACAACAAAACUCGAAACAUUGUUUUCCUUGGCAAGUUCUGUUCUCCUUAAGUGUCAGAGCCCAGGUUAAGUCCCACCUGGCUUUUCUGUAAACUCUACAACCAGAGAAUCCUUUUAUAAAUACGAUAACUUGUUAAUAUUGCUGGAGGAGGAAUGCCUUGGUGCUUGUUCUAUGUAGCCCUCACACUAAGAGGCCUUUUUCUCCCAGUCUUCUUUUAUGCCCCUUUCCUCCCAACAAAGACAAUACUUUGAAGGAAAAGAAAAUAUGUAUUCAUUAUUUGUUACACUAUCUAGGGUUUUGGGCAGAUAUACAGUUGUUCACAAAGAAAAUUCCUAUAAAGAGCUUUACCUUCCUUCAUUGGGAUACAGAAUCUUCCAGAUGUUCUCACUUCCCUGAAAGGCUAAACAAACGGUGGUUUAUGGGAUCUGACAAACUUUCCUGGUUCCAGUGAAAUGUGAGCACAUGGUCAGGCUACUGUAGGUCCACAGCUCCUUAUGCUAAACCCUGAGGGACAAAUGUAUUUUUCAAGCUCUAACUUUGGGGGCUUUUAGAAAGAUAAUAUGUUGCACAAACUGUAUGUUAUGGAAGUCCAUUGAAAGAGUCUGAAACAACACCCUAUAUAGAAGUCAUUACCUUAAUAUUCCUGCCAUAAAAUGUAUAAUAUUGACACAAAAUGGAUAAAGGUCUUGCUGACAAAUGGGGUAUGACACCAGCUCGUGAACAGGCUUUUUUUUUUUUUUUUUUUUUUUUUAGAAUGUUUUGAGACUUUGGAAUGUUGGCUAAGGAAUUGCAGACCUAGCGUCGCUGACGUGCAGCCCCUCAAAGGAAGGGCAGAUCUAAUUCAUUUUCACUUUUGAUAGAAUGACCACCUGGUCAUUUGGUUGGGGACAGACUGAUGGCUGGGGCUUCUGACUCAGCAAGGUUUUGGGUGUUUGACAGCCAGGGCCUUAAAAAGCACAGGGACCCUCACGGUCGCCAAUAAAAGAGUUUUAUGAGCGUUGAAGGAGCUUGCCUCUUUGUCUAAUGUGGUAGUGGGGAAGGGCAUGAAACUUACAUCUUUAGAAAAUGUAACUAAAGCUAUUGAAGUGCUCAUGUGGCUUUGACAUACUUUUUCUAGGACUGUGGGUUUAGUUACUAUAGAUAGCUAGUCAGUCACUUGCAUUAAUAGUAAUUUUGAAAGUUGAUCUGAUAAGUUAUCUAUAUUACAAGUUCACACAUUAAUUCACUAUCAAAAGAGCGCAUUUAUGAAGAUUUUGUGACAACACAUCCCCAUCUCUUCCUUGUAAAUAGGUUCCACUGUCUUCUUGCUCCAAAGGAUCAAUAUAAAAUUUCUUUUAUGCUAUUGACAAUAAAAUAUUAUUAAACUACAUGUCUUGUUUUUUUCUCCAUAAAGUUAGAUUUACUAUUUUGAAAUAAAACCAAGCCAUCUAUUUAUAAAAGCAUUCCUUUACAUAAACAAUUUUUUGAGGGAUUGAGAUAGAAUAAGAAUAAUUACUGCCCCUUUUUCCUGUCUUCCUUUCUCUCUACCCACCAGCUCUUGCUUCUUCCUCCCAUCCUCUUUCAUCCUGGGGUCAAGGCCCAGGGGAGUCUAGAAGGACUUUCAGCUACAUACAAGUAUAUCAUGAAAUGGAGGCCUUUGGGUCCAGCCUCAAAAUAUAAUUUUAUCAAGUAAGCUGUAUAUGCUUAAAAUGUUUUCUUAUUAAGUACAUUUUCCUUAAUGCCAUGUAUAUUUGUUUUAAAUUACUUAUAGUUUCCCUGAAUCUAAUAUUCAACAUAGUCAUUUUCCAGUCCCCAAAGUGUGCCCAAAUAGAAUGUGUCCUCUCUUGCAAUAAAUGUUGAGUACCAAAAGUGACAAAUGCCCCGCAUUCUAACAAGAAAAGACCAUUUGUGCAUGAUGGCUGGGAGUGGCCCAAACCACUCUUGGCUCCUUCUCCCCUUUCUCUAAACUAUGAAAGGGGAAAUAGGGAGGACUGAAAAGCUUAGUGAGUAUUUAGAGGGGAGAUAGUGUCUCUUUAAGCCAAGUGUUCAUGGAGCAUAAAGUCUCUCCUGGAAUUUAAAAGCACUGAAUUUUUUUUUUGGUUAACUCUUGCUUGGGAUAGUCUAAUGCAUUGAUUUUCAACCAAGGCCAAUUCUGCUCCCUAGGGGACAUUUGACAAUGUCCGGGGUCAUUUUUGUAACAAUUAGGGGGAGGGUGCUACAGGCCUCUAGUGGGUAGAAUCAAGAAUUUUGCUAAACACCCUACAAUGCCUGGAACAGGAAUAAUCACACAACACCAAUAGUGGGUGACUGAGAGACCUAGGAUUCUACUGACGUAAAAGACAGAUGCUGGCUGGAGGGGACCCUAAACAGAGCAAGGAGAGCAGCCUGGAGAGGCAGGUCCCUGCUUGCUUCACUACACUGAAAUGUGUAGGCAGCCAGGCUGGGUGAUUUUGGAACUCUGCCCCGGAGGGGUGUGGGCUCUCCAAGGACCCCACAAGAACACCCCAUGAAGAAGUUAAUAUUUGAUACUGGAUUCCAGCAGGGGUAAGAAAGGUCCUUACCCCUCACCUCUCCUUCCUUUCCUGGCCCCACAAGUCAGGCCCAGUGGAAGGAGGAGAGGAAGAGCAAGGUGCAUAAAUGGUGAGGAAGCCACCUCCACUUCCAUUCCCCUGGGGGGGUUGUGAGCCCGAACCGGCUGUGGUGGAUGGAGGCGCUCUCAAUCAAAAGAAUGUUCUUCCUGACUGAGUGGUUCAGUGGUUUCGUGUUGACCUAUGAACCAGGAGGUCAUGAUUCAGUUCCAGGUCAGGGCACAUGCCCAGGUUUUGGGCUCAAUCCCCAGUAUGGGGCGUGCAGGAGGCAGCCAAUCAAUAAUUCUCCCUCAUCAUUGAUGUUUCUAUCUCUCUUUCCCCCUCCCUUCCUCUCUGAAAAAAUAAAUAAAAGAA